GGGCGGCCGCUGCCGGCACCGCCGCUCUCCUCCUCCUCCUCCUCCUCCUCUUGCUCCUGCUCCUCCUCCUCCCCAGGACUGGGUGAUGACUCCAGAGCUGUGCUCCUCACCCCCACCAGCCCUUCCUUCCCGUCAGAGGGGAUCCCAGCAGCACCGGGCUCCAGGGAUGCUGCUGUUCUUACACCAGAUCCUGGCCAGUCCUCACUGCCUGUGUCCACAGGACCUGCUGGAGACGAGGCAUCCUCCAGGCCGGCUGAGGGGGAUGGCCACAAUGCCACCCCUGUGGCAGCACUGUCCCCUGCUCUUGCCUCUGUUGCUGUGAGCUCCAUCACCGCAGCCACCACCACCAUAGCAGACAGGCCAGUCAUAGCCUCCAAGCCCAGCUCAGUGUCACCAGCCUUGGAGACAACCCCAGGUCUUCGGACAGCAAACACCGCCAGCUUGGCAAGAGGCACGAUGGAUCUGGGGGCAGCUCCCAGCCCCACGGGUAUACCUACAUCAUCAUCCUCCUCAUCCCUCCCCACCAGUGACCUGUACUCUUCUCCUGGGAUAGUCUUGUCCCCAACACCUGUCCUCCUGAGCCCUGGCACCACCCAGCCACCAGCGCUGACCAAGGACAUCCCUUCCCUAGGGACACUGGCCAUGGCAUCGAGCCUGGCCAUAGAGCCAACAUCCCCCCCAGUGACUGUGACAAGCCCCACUGCAGCUGAGGCCAUGGCCACUGGCAAAACCACCCUCUCCACCGGAGUCACCAUGGAAGAGGUUCCACGCGCCUUGAGCGCAGGGAGCAUUGUGGCCAUAACCGUGACCGUCAUCGUGGUGGUGGUGCUGGUUUUCGGGGCAGCGGCGUACCUCAAGAUCAGGCACUCCUCCUAUGGCAGGCUUUUGGAUGACCACGAGUAUGGCUCCUGGGGCAACUACAACAACCCUCUCUAUGAUGACUCCUAGCAUGGACGAGGAGAAAAAA